CAUGUUAUUUUGCUUAGUUGUACAUUCAGAAUCGUGAGAGUAUCGUGAUCUCUAUUUAAAACCAAAGAAAAUAAUGAUUCUCAUUUUAUCCAGAAUCUUGCAGCUCUAAUUUGGUCAUUAACUUUUAAAUGCAUAAUUAUGCAAACACAUUAGGUGAGUCUCCACAUGAAAGAAAGACCCACAACUGGCAGAUCAAUGUGGUGCAACUGCAUAUGGUGUUCGGGUUGUGACAGGUAGAAUCAGACACUGCCCCUUUAAGAGCAGCGCGUUCUUUUUUCACCUGUUCACGUGAACGCGCUCAGUUUCAUUUCUGUUGCUCAUUCUGUUGACAUUGGAGUGACUGAAACUGGUCCAAGACAGAGUGAAUCUUCCAAUGAGUUUUAAAUCACCAAAAUGGCAGAAUCUGUCUUUGAUCCUGAAGGUCCUUUAAACUGCCCGAUCUGUCUGAAUCUGCUUCAGGAUCCAGUGACGACUUCUUGUGGUCACAGUUUCUGUAGAGACUGUAUUAAUAAAUUCUGGGAUCUGGAAGUUCAUAGAGGUGUUUACAGCUGCCCUACAUGCAGGAAGAGAUUCAACAAAAGACCAGCUCUCAGCAAAAGCAAGGUACUAGCUGAUAUUUUAGAGAGAAUGAAGCAGGAAGCUCCAGCUGGACCUGGAGACGUGACGUGUGAUGUUUGCAAAGGAAGAAAAGUGAAAGCCAUCAAGUCUUGUUUGGUUUGUAUGGCUUCUUACUGCCGAACUCACCUCCGUCCUCAUCUGGAGUCUGAAGCUCUUAAAAAGCAUGAGCCGGUUAAAGCUUCCCCAAAUCUCCAGCAGCAGAUCUGCCCUCAACAUCAUAAAGCUCUGGAGGUUUACUGCUAUAAUGACCAGAAGUGUGUUUGUGUGGUUUGUAUGUGGAAUCAACACAGUGGACAUAGAAUGGUCUCAGCUGCAGAUGAAAUGGCAAAAACACAAGAGGAACUAAAAAUAAUAAAGGAGGAUUUCAUGCAGAAAAUCAACAACAUGGACAAGGAGGUUCAUCAGUUUGAGAAAGCUGUGAUCUCUUAUAAACGCUCUGCACAGGCAGCAGUGGAGCACAGCGACAAGAUCUUCAGUGAGAUCAUCUUCUCCAUUCAGAAGAGACAAGCUGAGGUGAGAGAGAACAUCAGAGCUCAGGAGAACAAGGAGGUACGAGAUGCAGAGAAUCACAUACAGACACUGGAGAAGGAGAUCUGUGAACUACAGGAGGAGAACCGUAAACUGGAGCCACUUUUACAGACACAGGAUCAUGUUUACUUCUUCCAGAAUUACUCUUUCUCUUCUGGAAUUGUACAAUACAAUUCAUCCAAAGAUGUUAAUAACCUGACAUUUGAGAGAGUAGAACAGUGUCUCUCAGAGCUGAAAAACCAUCUGGAUGAAGUCUGUGAGGAGCACAUGGGCAGAAUAUUAAACAAAGUUGCUGAUGUCCAAAUAUUCAAAGAAACCGAAAGGUUCAAGAGCAUUCACCACUCUGAGAUGGAAGUAGGGAUGGAAGUGCAGAUUUGGGACAUUGAUGAUGACUUCAUAUAUGGAUAGAUGGAGACGUUUAUCUUGACAACACUUGAAAUCAUCUGGACUUCAUCAUUCUUUUUCCUAGAAUACAAUAAAGCUGCAACAUACGUGAUGGUCUGCUUCUAUAAGACCUCAUAUGGGUAGAUUACAGUACAUUAAAUAUUAUAAUUAGUAAUAUGGCUUUAAAAACUAUUACUCAGGUGGGAUUUGUAAAACAGCUGUACCUUUUAAAAUCUGUUUAUUUUCAGUCAGUCAGUUGCACACACAGUUCCAUAAGCUACAGAGAAAGACAAGCCUUUGUUUGUGUUGUGAAUAAUUUUCCAAAACAUAAAAUAUUUCCAAACUCCAGCACUAGGUGGUGCUAUAACAGAAAUGUUCUCAUAAUUCUGUCACCAUCUGGUUAUGCGUUCUGUUUCUUUGUCAUAGAAAUGUUUACACAAAGAUCAUCUGUACAAAUCAACAAAAAAUUAAAUGUUCCCAUUUCAACUGAU